CACGCGCUGAGUAUUAUGGGAUGUAACGAUGCUCGACCAGCAGGGCUUGUGAAACCGUAAACAACGGCCAAAAUAUACAUUGUUUUCUUACAAAGGAAUGGAGUUACAAAAUAUGGGGGAACGAGUAUUUGCUGCUGAACGUAUCGAGAAAAAGAGGACAUUGAGGGGCCGAACAGAAUUUUACAUCAAGUGGAAAGGUUGGUCGACAAAAUUUAAUACAUGGGAGCCAGAGGAAAAUAUCCUUGAUCAGCGAUUAAUACAAGCUUUUAAGUCGAGCUUAAAAGAAAAUGAUGGAAGGUGUCAUAAGAGGGGUCCAAAGCCAAAGAAACUUAAACUACAAGAAAGUCGACGUGAUUUGAGUGAUGAUGAGAGUGAUGGAAAUAAUGACGAUGAUGAUGAGGAUACGUCUAUCUUUGCUUCUGAUACCAACAGCAGCAGUAGUAACGACCACCACCACCAACAACACCAACACCAACAACACCAACCUGGUAAAGUUGGACGACCACCAAAAGAGAGAAAAAAUACCGACGAUAGUGGACCAUCAAAAUCCUCCGAUAAAAAGAGUGUCUUUAAAUAUGGAGGAGAGUGUUCUUAUUCCGGUCCUGGGUCAUCAGCAGCUUCCGCAGAUCCGCCACCAGUUCCAGUAAAACGUGGACCCGGAAGACCACCAAAAUAUCCGCGACCUCCAGGUUGGGUACCACCAGCAAAGAAAAACGCAGCUUUGAAAAAAGCCAGAAAAACGAAAGUAAAAUUGCUAAAAUCCGGUGAAGUGAAACCUAAAAAUCCGGUUGGGCGACCGCGCUUAAAGGAUAAAGAUAAGAAGAGGCCGAAACUUAAGGUCAAAGUUCCAAAAGAAAUUCGUAAAAAACAAAAUAAAACGAACUAUAUGAAAAACGGACACAAUAAAGUUCAAGCAAAUGGUGAAAACAGUCAAAUUAAUGAUAAACUAGCAGAUAGAAUUGAACAAAGUGAAAAAGCUUUUGCUAAAUAUGAUGAAAAACCCGUGGAACUGAAAAACUAUUGGUCACCGCCAGUUUCUGUGAAACCAGUGCUAGAUAAUGUAUUUAUAACCGACGUCACAUCCGAUUCAGAGACAAUAACCAUACGCGAAUGUUCAUCAGAUUCUGGAUUCUUUAAACCGCGGGAUACAAAAGAGUGAAUUCAGUUUCUGUGAAAAUUCCGUAUUAAGGAACCUGUUCGAAAAAUCACUCGAUUUCAUCGAUGACAUGUGUUUUUAAGAUGUCUUUGACAAACGUUUAAAGCUGGCCGUUAUAUCACAGGAUAUCGUCGACGUGGGGUCUUUUAGGAAGUUUUAACUGGGGCAAAUAAAGUGAAACGUGAAAGGACAGAGUUAAUACACGAAUGAUUGACAAUUGAACAGUGUAAAGGAAUGUAUAUACUAGAAGAUAAUUUAUUCUUCUAGAAAUUAUUAUAUCAUCACAAUUCGUUUUAAUACUUGACAUUUAAUAUACAUUACUGCCCAGACUUUACAAACAACUGUUUUUUUCUCUUUAAUUGAUUAUAUUAAUAGAAGUAUGAAGAAGUAUUAUAAAGACAUUAAUAAUGACAUUGUUUGUCUUAGUGUAUAUUAUGUGUGUACAUUAUGUAUCUGUAUAUAGAAAUUGAUGUAUACAAUAUUAAAAUGCUUUAAUGUACAGUAGUGUAAUACUGUCUGUUGCGUCUUGUUUGAACAUAUGUAUAUAAAACAACGAAAUAUAUAA